AAUAAGAAAUUACAAAGUCGGGAUAAUGUUCAAGAAACAAGAUACAAACAAAACCAGAUCUUCGGUCCGAAUUCAUAUUCGCCCAUUAAUAGUUAUCCAUCUCCCCCUAUCUAUCUUCUCUCUUUCAUAGUUGCUCGCUCAAACAAGGCCCAGCCCGUGUUUGGAGGACUGUCAACUCAAUCAAAAUAUUGGGUUGAAGAAAAUUCUAAUUUUCAGUCAAAGAUAUUCUCAGAAUCAUGCCGUAAAUCAACCCUUUCUUGCUAUUUCACAACCGAUUCCGACGACGAUCGUAGCAGAAUGGGUGCAGCAGAAUUUGCAAUGGUUGAAGAAUUGGCUUCUCUUAUCAAAGACAAUCUUCAAUGCAAGCACUUAAUUCUAAAGAUGGAAGAAUCCUUCAUUAAUUUUAUUCAAGAAGAAACUAGUUCAGACAGACAGCUUGAGCUAGAACCAAUGAAUGCAUAUUGUCGCCUUCUCCUCCAUCGUCUUGCAGAUAUUUUUGGUUUCUCCCAUUAUUCCCUCGGUGAAGGAAACGAACGUCAUUUAGUUUUACAACGAUGUCCAGAAACCACAAUACCAUCUAUACUCGUCAGAGAUCUAUUAGUCCAGUUCGACGAACUCGAGGCCCCAACAGUAUCACAUCAACUGUUAAGAAAGUCUGAUGAUUCCUCAUUGUCAAGAACAGUGGCAGUUACUUCAGAUGUUCAAUUAUCAUUGGAGAAGAGAGAAGCAGCUUAUAUGGCUGCCCGACAGAGAAUAUUUUCUCAGGAUGAAGAGAAAGAUGUUUGUGAAAUGCAGAGACCUCGAAAUAUUCCUGUGGUUGCUAACCGAAUGAUAGCACAUGCUCUUGGACGACGAGUUAAAAAUUCUGAUAGUGAAUUGAGAAACAGUAUAUCGAAAGAUGCAAAAACAGUUUCAGAAGGAGUAGAUGAAAAUGUAAAGAUUGGUAAGAAUGAUUUGAAAGAUGAUCAUGUGGGAGCAGCCAAGAGGUUGUUUGCUAAUGCACUGGGGUUUCGAUCUGGGAAUAAAGAUAGAAAGUGAUGAAUCCUGGGAAUGAACUUUCCAUUGAAUUUUCUUAAAGUGAGUUUUGUUAGUAUGUAUUUUUCAGUUGUAAUAGAAUCAUGAUUGUGGGAAUUGGGAAUCAAAACGAACAAAAACUGAUUCUGAAUUAGGUUACUAGAUUGAAACAUAAUUUGAGAUGGAUUAUUUGAAAUGGGUUAUGGGUAAAUGAUGCACGUAAGACUAAUUUUGAGGGUAUUUUAGUGGUGCUGAUAGUUGCUUUGA